UAAAUCAUUGGCGCCUUCGCAAGCAUUUCUUAAGAUUUGACGCAUUUUAGGGGAUUCAGUGAACCCUAGAGUAAAACUGGAGACGGUCCUAUCCUCAAACUGAGGCGUGACCGAAAGACAAAUUAUAUGGUUCCGUUUGAAUAUCGAUACUUGCUAUGCAAGUUUCCAUAGCCCCACCUAUGUCCCCUACACCCGCUCAAAUGUCCAUUCUGCAAUUACCAUGGAGCUUUGACCAACCCUCGUCCUUUUCAAAGCUCCUCCCUGUCCAAGACUACAUCUUUGACGAACUACUACUCAUCGCACCCCUUUCCACAAUCACUCUCACACGACGAUACUAUCAAAAGACAAUACGCACUAUCUAUCGGGAAGUCUCUGUCAGCAAUAAAUUAUUCUGCUCACUUCUGUGCGGAGAUCGAACUGCCUUUGAGCGAGGUGUCAUGGCGUUCGAGAACACGCACAUCUUGCGCAUUAAAAACUUUGAAGGCUUCAGUAUCCUCACCCAGUUCCAUAUACCCUUAUUAUUUGCAACAUUACGCAACAGGAAAAUCUUUUGCAAUGUCGAAAGGAUUGACAUCUCAUGGGAAGCUAUUAAAACGUUUUUCUUCACUCGUUGGUGUCAAGGCUUUCCUGCCACGACAAGCGAUGACAGUAGGCUGCUCAUGAGCCAUGUUGGGAGAAAGUUUCGAGAAGUUGUCCUCUAUGUCGACGUUGGAGACCCUACUUCCGGAGAGUGCUCCGAAGAUAUCCAAGCAAUUGCGGAUUAUUUCUCCCCUCGAACGAUGACAAUGGUCAGCAGCUAUCACCCUAGAUCCGAUUUUUUGGUUAUUCGUCAAAAUGUGAAUGCACAGUUGCUACCUAUCAGCUGGAUGGGGUCGCAAACUUCACGUUUGAUCAUUCCCCACUGGCCUCUUAUGGUCAAGCCUGGUUGCUCAAUGGAAGAAUCGGACGAGUAUCAGAGGGCCGCGACAGAACAAUGCGUCCUCAACUAUAUGGAUGAUCUAUAUGCUGUAUGGAAUGAGCUAGAAGGAGCGGAUCUUCCGACUGAAGGUGUGGUGGUUUCAAAAAUGGAGUUUUUUGUGUCGAAAGACCCUAAGGCAAUCCGUGACCGCGUUUUACAUAGCCCUCUACAUACUCGUCAGGAUACAAGCCGAUUUUUGAACAAGGGCAUUGUGGUCAGGGAACUUGAUGAGGACAUCAAAGAUCGGUAUGAUCUUCUGUAGAAAUCUUGGUUCCGAUCGAGCUCGCAAUUUGUAUGCCUGAUGAUAUGUAUGAUAUUCGUUGGGAACAGCUAGCUGUAUGGGAAAAGGCGACGAGGACAGCAAAAGCCGAGAUGACUUGGAGAUUGUUCCUACUUAUUGCGGUUUCAG